AUGAACAUCAAGCGCCAACGACAGGCUUGCGAUCUUUGUUACCGCCGAAAGAUCAAAUGCGAUGGCGCUGCUCCGCGAUGUUCUCAAUGUAGGGUUUAUGAUUCCGAAUGCACCUUCGUGGCACCUCGCCGGAAAAGGGCAAAAAGACCAGUUCUCGCAGACAACACCCAGUCUCUGUCCCGAGCUGCCCCAGGCGCUGGUAAUGGCAAUUCUGAUAUUGGGCUGCGUCGGAUGUCAAAAAGCGGCAGGAUGUUCGAAAGGAUUACGUUGGACGACCAGAGCCGUCAGCUGGAGCUGCCACCCAGUCGCAUCGUUUACCCACUGGUCGAUACUUUCCUUGGUACAGUCAACAGCGUGCUCCCUUUGUACGACGAUGCUGUAUUGCUGGAAACAAUCAGACUGUGGUACAGUAUGCCUUCCCACAGGACGCGUACAACGUGGGCAUCGAUCAAUGUGGUGAUGGCUCUCGCGCAUUGUUGCGACCAGGGUCUAUCAGAACAGUCGGAAGUCUUUGUUGCAGAGUCUGUUGGCAAGGCACAAUCCGUCUUGACCGAUUUGAUCAUGAGCGACCUCAGGUUGGACAGUCUGCAGGUGAUGCUUGGGCUCGUGUUGUUGUUUCAGCACAUGCCCAACAUGAGACCGGCCGCGGUCCUCAUAUCGACCGCCUUCAGGCUUAUCCAUGAGAUGGGAAUACAUAGGAGGGAAGGUUACGAGGGGAUUUCAAGCGCCGAAGCACUACAGCGGCGGCGGGUCUUCUGGGUUGCCUACAUCCUCGACCGAGAUAUCAGCAUGCGAACACGACAGCCCCUAGUUCACCAGGAUGCGAACAUCGAUCUGGACCUACCGCCGGUUCGGUCGAGUACGGACAGAGCCGGAUUCAUUGACGCCGGUGACGGCUGCACCCACUUCAACUUCUUUCGAUCUCGAGCGCAGCUCGCCCAGAUUCAAGGACAGGUACACGAAUGUAUUUUCUCUGUGCAGGGCCGCUCGAGGCCUGCGGACGAGGCUUCGCUUGAAAUUGCGCGCCUUCGGGGGCUGCUGGCACAGUGGCGAGCGCAGGUACCUGCAGCUCUCAGCGCCGAAGCUCUAAUACGAACCCGCGGCACCGUCCUCCCAAAGCCUUUUUGCAUGCUCUACGCUACAAGUCUCUCGCUGCUUGGGCAGUUGACCCGCGUUAAUGCAAUCGAGUUCGACUGGGUCAACAGACUGCUGCGUCAUGCGCGAAACGUGCAUGCGGGACUACCCAGCGUACCCCCAGCUUCGCCAGAGAGCUGGAAUGCACUCGUGGAAGAGAGCCGCUCGUUUGUCAUGCUGUUCCUCAGCAUACCGAAAAAGGACAUUGCAUUUGGGCGGUAG